AUGGCCGAUCAUAGCGACCAUGACGAUCGCGUCUUGUGCCAUGCUUGUGGCGCGGUCUGGUUGAAAGUCGCUGACGGGUUGACGUGCCCGCAGUGCCAAUCCGAGUUCACGGAGAUCAUUGAAAUUCCUCCUGAUGAUGCUCCACCAGAACCACAUUUCGAGAGUGAUUCCCCACCGGUCAAUCCUUGGGAAUCCCAUAAUGCAUGGCCGCAAGAAGACAUGCCGCGAGCCUACGGCUUCAUGGGCUCUACCCCCGGCUCCCCACGAUACUCCCAACACACUUACAGAUCACCCGAUGGCCGAUUUGUAUUCAGCAGCACCUCCGUACGCGGGGGAUUUUCACCCCGCCAAGCAAAUACCCAACCCGAUCUCGAAGCUCCAAUGUUGUUCGAUAGCUUGGGUUCCAUAUUCCAGACAUUCACAAACACCGCUUACAACCAGCGAGCACCUCGAGGCGCGUCGGCCAUGGACCCAUUUGACACUGACCACCAUGGAACCGAGGAAUACGAUGAUCCCCCAGAAUCAUUCCCACGCGAACCAGAUGCACCCCAGCCUACGGCCCAGCCGUUAGGCCUAGUCGACCUCCUGGAGAGCUUCCGACGAGAACAUGUCCGACGACCAGGUAGAGCCGGCGCACAUGGGGUCGCAGGCCCUAACCCACUCGCGAAUCCUCUCGCAAUACUCUCAGUCUUACUAAACAUGGACCGGAACGGCGACGCGGUAUACUCACAAGAAGAAUUAGACCGGGUUAUCUCCGAACUCAUCGAUCACAAUGCAGCGGGAAACGCUCCCCCGGGUGCAUCCACUACAGCUAUCCAAUCCCUACCAAAGAAAAAGGUAGAUGAGCAAAUGCUAGGUUCAGACAGCUCAGCCGAGUGCUCCAUCUGCAUGGAUCAGGUAGAAUUAGGCACUGAGGUCACAGUCCUACCCUGCACACAUUGGUUUCACUUCAGUUGUAUUGAAGCGUGGCUUGUACAGCAUAACACCUGUCCACACUGUCGCCGGAGUAUUGACUCCGCCAGUGCUACACCUGGCAGCCCGACUAGCCGCACGCACGGCGAAGGCACCAGCGAGAAUCCGGUAGUUAUACCGGAUAGUCCCGAGGUCUCAUCACCUCGUCGACGACGUCGUAGUUCUCCUUUUGCCUCGCUUAGCGGUCGUUCCUCUUUUUCACGGUCUAGUCGACAUUCACAGGCCCAGGCACAAGCACAAGCACAAGCUCCAGCAUCCCCAGAUCCAAAUCUUUCCCGCACAAGGAGAUCUAGUGGAUCCAGUCGCAAUAGUCGCAAUAGUCGUAACGAAGGCGGCCGAGGUUUCACAGACUGGGUCUGGAGUCGGUUUGGUGGUAGCAAUAACUAA